CUUUUCUUUUUUUUUGAACAGACUAAAUAUUGUUGUUGAUUUCACGCAAUAUGUACCGAGAUUCACGAGCUUGCCAUUUUUUAAUCAAUAAGUCUAUUAGACACAGACAAAAUCAACACAGAUUGCGUACAAAUUUUUUUGUGGGGCCCAUUAUAGGUUUCAUACAAACGAUCUGAGCCAUUCACAAAAUAUAAAGUAUUUUUUCAAAGUCUCCCGCGAAAAAAUCAGUUCAAUCCAAUAUUUAUAGAUGCUCAAUCCAAUCAUUUUCCCUUCUCGUCUUUGAAAAGCUCCAAGCACACUUUUAACUCUACCCUUAAUAGUCAAUCCUAACCACUUUUUGAACCACCAGUCUCAUAUUCACAAUCGCUAUGGAAAAGUCGUUGGAAUUUAUUUAUGUGGCUCAUGUCACAUCAAUCAUAAUUAUAUAUUUUAUAGUAUUUAUAUUUUAUAACUAAAGUAUGAGUAUUAAAUUUAAAUAAAAUAUUAUCUAAAUAAUUGAUAAUUAUUCAUAAAAAGAUUUGGUGACUAUUCAUGAAUAGAUAUGAUGACUAUCCAUGAAUAAAUUUAGUGACCAAUCAUGUGUAAGGUUGUAACUAUUUAUGAAUAUGUGCCUUGUUACGUCUUUGAUGAAAUGAAGUAUGAAGAGUUGUGUAUAUUGAAAAAAGGUCCCGAUCUAUCUAUAUAAAGGUCUAUAAUUAUCAUCAAAUUACAAAUGUAAAAAUAUUUAUGUAGAUUAGAUUGAAAAUCCUAUCCAUUGUUCUCCAAAAUCAAUUAGUGGGAGUUUGUGUUAGUGAAGCAUAUUGGUUCAAGUUCAAAACAAUUUUCGGAUUCCUCAAGACUUUGGGGGUGUUUCCGUAGCAAAAAUUUUAUAGAUUUUUAUUUGUGGUUGAGAAGUUGUUAGGUGUUUUCAAUAGUGAAUAAGUUUUUGUGAAAUAUCAAGUUGUUUUCGAUAGUAAAUAAGUUGUUGAUGAGUUUGUGAGUAGGGUUACUGUAGCAAAAAAAAAAAUUUUUGUUGACAUUUUUUUGUUAGUGCAAACGAAAUGGUAAAAUAUUUAGAAAUUUUUGUUAGUAAAAACAAAAUGAUAAACAUUAAAUUUUUUGUAAUUUUUUGCAGUAAAAACACCCCUUUAAACACUAUGUAGAAGGUAAAUAAUUUUUCCGCAGCCUAUUUAUUUUGAUUCUCCCACUGAGAUUUUAUCAAAAGCAGCACACUAACGUGUGAGAAAUCAAGAAAUCAAAACCCACCAGAUCAUAUUCAGAUGUCUGCACACUGGCUCCGCAACUUCAAAUUCUUCCUCUUCUCCCUCCUCCCAAUCCUCACCACCUCCACUUCCCAACCAAUCACAUCAAACCCACACCCACUCUUCCCCUGCGCCCCGCCGCACCACAACUCCUAUCCCUUCUGCAACGCCUCCCUCCCCACCCCACUCCGCGCCCAGACCCUACUCUCUCUCCUCACCCUCCCCGAGAAGCUCCUCCAGCUCGGCACCAACGCCUCCGCCGUCCCCCGCCUCGGCAUCCCCGCCUACUACUGGUGGUCCGAGGCCCUCCACGGCAUCAACGGCAACGGUCCCGGCGUCACCUUCUCCUCCGGCCCGAUCCCCUCCGCCACCAUCUUCCCGCAGGUCAUCGUCACCGCCGCGGCCUUCAACAGGAGCCUAUGGAGGUCGGUGGCCGCGGCGAUCGCGGUGGAGGGUCGGGCCAUGUAUAACGUGGGGCAGGCCGGGUUGACUUUUUGGGCGCCGAAUAUUAAUGUGUUUAGGGAUCCAAGGUGGGGGAGGGGGCAGGAGACGCCGGGGGAGGACCCGGCGGUGGCGGCGACAUAUGCGGUGGAUUUUGUGGAGGGGUUUCAGGAGGCUGGGGAGCGGAGGAGGGGUGGUGUCGGGGGGAAGAGAGUGUUGAUGGGUAGUGGUGGUGGUGGUGGUGGUGGGGAUGGGAUGAUGUUGUCUGCUUGUUGCAAGCAUUACACUGCUUAUGAUUUGGAGAAUUGGGGGGGUUUCACUAGGUAUAACUUCAAUGCUGUGGUUACGGAGCAGGAUAUGCAGGAUACAUAUCAGCCACCAUUUAGGAGUUGUAUACAACAAGGUAAAGCAAGCUGCCUAAUGUGUUCAUACAAUGCGGUGAAUGGGGUACCAGCGUGUGCACGAGGAGAUCUCUUGAAACAAGCUCGAGACGAUUGGGGGUUCAAAGGAUAUAUCACCUCUGACUGUGAUGCCGUGGCCACCAUAUUUGAAUAUCAAAAUUACACGAAAACUCCUGAAGAUGCUGUGGCUGUUGCUUUCAAAGCAGGGAUGGAUAUUAACUGUGGAUCAUAUGUGAUUCGGCAUGUUCAAUCUGCAAUAAACCAGGGGAAGCUGCAAGAAGAAGACAUUGAUAGAGCUCUUUUAAAUUUGUUGUCAGUUCAAAUUCGUCUUGGACUUUUUGAUGGAGAUCCUAUAAAGGGGCAGUUUGGGACGUUAGGACCUCAAGAUGUUUGCACUCCGAAGCAUAAGAAAUUGGCGCUUGAAGCAGCACGGCAGGGCAUUGUGCUUCUGAAGAACGAUAAGAAGUUUCUGCCUUUGAACAAGCAUAGUGUUUCUUCCUUAGCUAUUAUUGGCCCAAUGGCAAACACAACUGCGUUGGGUGGUGGCUACUCAGGAGUUCCGUGCAGCCCAAAGAGCAUUUUUUAUGCAUUUUCAGCAUAUUCAAAGAAAACAUCAUACGCGGCUGGCUGCCUUGAUGGUGUACCUUGCACUUCUAAUGCUGGAUUUACAGAGGCUGUUUCUAUUGCUAAAGAAGCCGAUUUUGUCAUCAUAGUAGCUGGCCUGGAUUUGACGCAAGAAGCUGAAGAGCGUGACCGCUACAGUCUCCUCAUGCCCGGUUUUCAAACAGCUCUUGUUACCACCCUUGCUGCUGUGACCAAAAAACCGUUGGUUUUAGUUCUCACUGGUGGUGGGCCCAUAGACGUCUCAUUUGCUAAGGGGGACCCUCGAAUCGCGAGUAUUCUUUGGAUUGGGUACCCUGGAGAGGCUGGUGGAAAGGCGCUUGCAGAGGUCAUCUUUGGAGAUUACAAUCCAGGUGGAAGGCUGCCGGUGACCUGGUAUCCCGAGUCGUUCACCAGCGUACCAAUGAGCGACAUGAACAUGCGAGCUAAUCCUUCUCGAGGUUACCCAGGAAGAACUUACAGAUUCUACACUGGACCUACAAUUUAUGGAUUUGGACAAGGCUUAAGCUACACAAAUUACACUUACAACCUCUUGUCAGCUCCAAGCAAACUGAGCUUAUUGGGAACUAUCAAGGCUAUAUCCGAAAACAACAUGUCACUAGAAAAAGGAUAUGAAGAGCUCAACUAUAUUCGAAUCGAUGACGUGGAGUUCUGCAAUUCGUUGAUAUUCCACGUGCACCUGUCAAUUGUCAACAAUGGCGACAUGGACGGAAGCCACGUCGUGAUGUUGUUUUCUAAAGCGCCGAAGCUUUUCAAAGGUGCUCCGGAAAGACAACUGAUUGGGUUUGAUCGCGUUCACACUGUUUCUUAUGGGUCUACCGAAACGAGAAUCGCGGUGGAUCCUUGUAAACAUCUCACCAUUGUAAAUGAGCUUGGAAAAAGAGUGUUGCCGCUGGGCGAUCAUACUCUGAUGAUGUUGGAUUUACAGCAUAUUGUAUCUAUUGAGAAAUAAUAAAGGAGAUUUAAUCCAAUUCAAGCAAUUGCUUGAAUUUUCAAUGUAACAUUAGUCUUCUAGUCCAUGGAAGAUUUAUAAUAAUUCGACUACGAAGGUAAAUGUUGUUGUAACAGUUGAACCA